GACCACAGCCACCCCCAGGCUCCCGUGCCUUCGCUUGGGACAGACACGCUCAUAUAGUUCAUCACAUACAGUACACUGACACACACUAAGAUAGACACCUACGAGGCUCCGGAAUGUUGCAGCUUUGAGACUAUUAGACACAAACCACUGUACCAACUGAUCAAGCGUUUAAUCUCCAGGCCGAAGCAUGCCCGUUCUUAAGAACCUCCCAGCUCGGCUGAAGGGGGCCAAGGGAAAUUUAGAGUUGGAGAACACUCACAGCGAGCUGAUUCUCCGCAAGAUGAGCCUCAACCACAACCCAUUCGAAAAAAACGGCUUAGAUGAGGAGUGGCCCAGGCACAAUGGUGGCUCGCUCCUGGAUGGGGGUGCCCCUCGGGACCGUAACCCAUUUGAGGAUGAGGAGGAUGAGAAUGAGGCCAAUGAAGUGAGGCGUGGGGGCUCAGGAAAAGGUGGAUCUAUUAAAGGGACGCUUGACCGCAUCAAAGGCGUGUCACCACUCAAGACCCUGGGCAAGCUAGGCAAGGGCCUACGCAUGUCAGGCAGGAGUAAGGGCAGCGCCACCCCUUCUCCACAGGGCUCCAUUGGCAUGCCGUCACCCAUGGAGAAAAAGAAGAAGGGCCGACGGAGCUCAGAGGGAAGUCUUCUAAGGAUGGCAGGGAGAUGCAGAGAGAGCCUUCGCAAAGAGAGCUUGCCCAAUGGAGACUUGUGCUCAGAGAGUGAUGCUGAUUCAACCAGUCGCAAACUGUCCCUCUUGAAAAUUGUGGGCAGGGGUAAGAAGAGGGAGUCACUGGUUGACCGCUCAGCAUCCCCUGGCCCUGAAGAAGAGCCUGUAGAGGAAGUCCCAGUAGUCAAACCCAGAGAGCCUCUCUCAGUGUUGGAGAUUCUGCAGCUGGUGACCAAGCGAGACUUGUUCCUGGCAGAUACCCACAUACUAGAGCUAGAACAGGAGUGCAAAGAGGUGUCCACCACACCACCAGCAGGUGCAGAAGAUAUCACCAGCCCCAGCAGCAAAGACAGCAGUCGGCGUAAAGCUAAGGAUGUGGAGCUCCUGUACGAGGCCCUGCAAAAAGAGCUGUGGGACGUGGUCCGGGAAUCCUUGCACGCACCCACUGCUGGGCCUAACUUAGGCCUGGUGGUGCAGGUACUCCAACAGGAAGAAGAGGCUGAUCGGGACUGGACCACAAGUGAGGGCGCUGUUCCAGGUGGACCACGACCCAGGGAGCUGAAAAAGCGAUGGAAAGAGGCUGUGGCUGAGGCUGCUAAUGAGAAUUUGCCCAAGUCUGAAAUGGUCUUGCCAGGUGAGCUGGCGGCAUACCUCGACAAACUGCGAAUUCGCAUGGUGGAGGAUCUGGGAGCGGCCCGCCGGAAUGUUGUGUCUGUGUAUCCUGAGGAGUAUAAUGCCUUCCAUGUCUAUGUACAGAGCUACCAUCAGGCCAUCACAUGCCGGUUACAGACUAUCACUAAUGGAGAAAUGCAAAUUACCGACAUAUACUCACUUCUAGACUGGCUCUACAACAUAUAUGACAGGGACGUUAUUGGAACGGUGAGCAUAACCUCACCGAUCAACCGCUCUCAUCUCAGCCCACUGCUGCCAACGGAGACGGUGGACAAGCUUGAGCUGGACUGCCUCAACUAUGUCAGGGGGAAAGUAACCAAUGAGCUGUCUCAGGUGUUGGAUGAGGAAGAAAAGAGAUGGACAGAAACGAUGCAUGUUGAGGAGUAUCAGAUCCCACUUGCUAACACAGUUAUUAAGAGACUGCAGGGAGAUCUUGAUCGAUCUGCUGCAAUUAACCGAGGUCUGGCCUCACGAGUAGCGCAGUGCAGUCUUAAUGGCCUUGCAGAUUUUCUGUACAGCUUUCAAAGGAAGGUGGAAAUGUUCCAUGAAGGCCUUGUUAGUGCAUUUGGGGAAAAUGAAGAUGGUUACGUUGCCAAGACAAUCGCUUUAGUCAACUGCUGCCCCCCUUUCAGAAGCUUUGUAGAACGUUGUGUACACAGUGAUCCUGCGGUCAGCGAAGACUCUGGCCGCAGGGCCAACGUAGCCCUGGACAAGAUUGUAAACCUGAGCGUGAGAGUGCUGAAUGAUAGGAUAUUUGAGCACAUCAGACCUUACUUUGAUAAACUGGUGAAGAGGAAAUGGCUCAACAACACGGAGGCAUUCGAGCAGAUCGUAUCUCUCAUCAAGGAACACUUCAAGAAGUUUAAACGGAUGGAAAGCCCACCAUACCAAGUCCUGGUGGGAGAAGUCCAUCGGAGGGUGAUGACUGAAUACCUCCGUGCCAUUAUGCGAGGCCGAAUUAUCUGUACCUCUCUCAAGAUGAGGAAGAGGAUGGCCGGCCGUCUCCGAGAAGAGGGCAAGAAUCUUAAAACACUCUUCAAAGAGUUGGAGUCACCAGCCUCAUGGCUAGACAGUGCCAUUCCCCACAUAUCAGAGAUCAUCCUGUUGGAAGACACCCCCUCGAUACAAAUAGAGGUUGGCGUCCUAGUUCGUGAAUUCCCUGACGUACGGAAGAAGCAUGUAUCUGCCAUCCUGAAUAUCCGGGGAAUGACUCGGCAGACAGAGAGACAGGAGAUCCUUAACAUUGUGAAAGACAUCGAGAACAGCGACAGCCUCUCCCAGCUGCCGCGAGAUCGUGCUCUGUUUGCAGACGUGCCUGUGACAUCUGAGGUGCACUGUCUGAACAUGGGUCUGAGCCGCAUCGCCCUCACAGCCUCCUCCUGCUUCUACAGCUUACGGGGUCGCCAGCGCAGGAGAACCCCAGCCAGGGAGACCCAUGAUGACAUGCUGUAAUCAUGACAUCUAAAAACCAAAAAAUGCUUUCUGACUCCACAGUGGAGCAUUUGAGCUGAAGCUGGGUAAUAAGCAGUGUUUGGAAUCUUUAAAACAUCUUGUGUCAUAAAAAAAAGGACUUCUUUUCUGUAUCAUAAAUAGCUAGUAAAAGGGGUUGAGCUAGCUAGCACUGGUGAAACUGGGACCAUUUUAGAAGCUUGUUAGUUGCAAUAUUUUCAUGUGCAUUCAAAUGUUGAUAUUAUUUGGAUCCCAAAAGCGUUUAAAGGAAUCAGAUCGAAUGAAAUCUCGCACAAAACACAGCUCACUUUAAAACAAAUAGAAUUGUCUUAAUUAAUGAAAUCGUCUCUUAUUUGGCUUUCAUACUAGUACUGAUAUGACUGUUAUUUGUACAUGAUGAUUUCAUACUUGAUCUAAGGUACUACAUAAUGAUCUAGGAUCUCUUUUGUUCUUGUAUUUAAAUGGGUAAUUUCAUGCUGCAGUCAUUGCAGUGCUGAAGAUAUUCAAAUCUGCCUGGAGAAAGAAAUCAAGGGCUACUAUUUAUGUUCCAGAUUCAAGACCUACGUUAUUUAUUGUAUCAAGGCAUGUCAUGUUUUUGUCCUACUCAGUAAUGCAGUAUGGAAAAUAUCCACAUACUUUAUUUUGUAGAAAUAUCUGUUAGUGUAAAAACUGGCAUUUGAAUGCCUUUUUGUGUUAAACAGACCAACAGAUAGCACUUUUCCUUCACAGGUGUCUUGUUUUUUGUCUUGUUGUCCCGUCCCCCCCC